AUGUCUUGUUUUGUUUUGUUGAUUGAAUUUUGUAGUUGCAGUGGGAACUCUAAUAGCAGCAGCUUGUUGAAGUUGGGGUGUACGCCUUCUGAAAGAAAGGCCCUCCUCGAUUUCAAGCACAGUCUGACCAUCUAUGAUGACCAAGAUGAUGUUUGGUCAUCAUGGAAAGGUGAAGAUUGCUGCAUUUGGCGUAGAGUCAGGUGUGAUCCUGCAACUGGCCACGUUGUGGAACUUCAUCUUCAUGGCUUCUCCACUUUUUAUGAGCGUAACAUCUUGUUUGAAGCUCAAGAGAUGGAGUCAUCUUUGCAGCAUCUGUUUGAGUUGAAUCAUCUAGAGCAUCUAGAUGUAAGCAUCAACAACUUUACCGAUACCAAGAUUCCGAAAUUGAUGGGUUCCAUGAAGCAACUCAGGUACCUCAACCUAUCUCAUGAUUAUUUAUCAGGAGUAGUUCCUCACCAACUUGGUAAUCUCACUAAUUUGCGAGUCCUUGAUUUAGGUGUCAAUGAUGUGUUAACUGUCGACAGUUUGAAAUGGGUUUUUAAUCUUCGUAAAUUGCGUUAUCUGGAUUUAAGCUCUGCAGAUCUCAGUCAGGCCCAUGAUUGGAUAGAUUCGCUGAUAUAUGGUCCAUUUCCUUCUUUAAGAGAGUUGCAUUUGUCUACUUGUAGCCUGCCCACUUAUUCAACUCAUUCGAGUUUGAAGAAUUCAUCACUUCGUAACCUCCCUAUCCAUUAUUUGGACCUCUCACACAAUGAUAUGAAUGGAAGAUUUCCACAUUUUAUACAAAAUCUAACAUCCAUUGAAUACCUUGACCUUACAGGAGGUAAUCUUGGACCCCAAGUCCCACGUUGGUUGGGUAAGCUUAAAAGCCUCACACACCUCCACCUCGGGGACUCUGGUUUCGAAAGCAUUGAAGGAGGAAAUCUUUGGGAGGUUGUACAGAGCUUAUGUAGCUUAAAGUCACUAGAUCUGUCUUCCAAUCAGUUACAAGGCAACUUGUCGGAACCUCGUGUAAAUUCAUCCACCAAAUAUUGCACCGACUUUCCCUUAGAGUUGCUAGACUUGUCUGCCAAUUACCGCAUUAGUGGCCAUAUACCUGAUUGGUUACAGGAGGAGUUUCUGAGCCUUAAAUACCUCUCUCUUGAAAUUAACAAUAUAUCUGGAGUGAUCCCGACGUCCAUAGGAAUGUUAUUGGGCAUGGAACAUUUUGACAUUUCCAAUAACAUGAUAUCAGGUGAAAUCCCAAAGACUCUAGGAAUGUUAUCCUCCAUGGUAUUUUUUGACAUUUCCAAUAACAUGAUAUCAGGUCACAUCCCAAAGUCUCUAGGAAUGCUAUCCUCCAUGGUGUCUUUAGACAUUUCACAUAACAUGAUAUCAGGUAAGAUUCCAAUGUCUCUAGGUACGUUAUCAUCCAUGGAAAAAUUAGACAUUUCCUAUAACAAUAUAUCGGGUGAGAUCCCAAAGUCUCUAGAAAUGUUAUCAUCCAUGGUAUCUUUAGACAUUUCCAAUAACAUGAUAUCAGGUAAAAUCCCAAAUAUGCAAUCCUCCAUGGUCUCUUUACUCAUUUCCCAUAACAUGAUAUCAGGUGAGAUUCCAAUGUCUCUAAGUAUGUUAUCAUCCAUGGAAAAUUUAGACAUUUCCUUUAACAAUAUAUCUGGUGAGAUCCCUAAGUCUCUAGGAAUGCUAUCAUCCAUGGUAACCUUAGACAUUUCCAACAACAUGAUAUCAGGUGAGAUCCCAAAGUCUCUAGGUAUGCUAUCUUUCAUGGUAUCUUUAGACAUUUCCCAUAACAUGAUAUCAGGUGAGAUUCCAAUUUCUCUAGGUAUGUUAUCAUCCAUGGAAAAGUUUGACAUUUCCUAUAAUCCAUUGGAAGCAGCAAUUUUGUCUGAAAGCCAUUUUGUUAAUCUCUCAAGCUUGACCACAUUGCAUAUGAGCCAAACCUUCCUAACAAUGAAGUUGCCUUCUGAUUGGGUGCCUCCCUUCCAACUUCAAGAAUUGCAUGCUGAUUCAAUAAAAAUUAAUGGUCCAUUUCCUCACUGGAUCAAAACCCAAAAGGCUCUUCUGGAUUUGAGUUUUAAAAAUGCUAGUAUUAAUGGGGAUUUGCCAAAAUGGUUUCAAAGGAUGGAUUCACUUCUUGAUGUGGAUUUUUCCAACAAUCAAAUCACUGGAUGUCCCAUCUUUCCCCUCAACUUUUAUACUUUUGAGAUCUCCAAUAAUUCACUCUCUUGCUUAUUUCUCACCAAUGACCGCCACAAAAAUUCUAUAUCUAAUUCUGCCUAUUAUGUUGAUCUCUCUAAUAAUAAUAUCUCAGGAAAGCUUCCAGAAAAUUUAUAUGAUCAAAUGCCUUCUUUGGAAUAUAUUUUAUUGUCCAACAAUAAAAUAAAUGGUUCGAUUCCCAAGUCUAUGUGUCUUUUUACAUCCUUGAGAAUUCUAGAUCUCCAAAAGAAUAGGCUAUCAGGCACAGUUCCAGAUUGUUGGAGUAAUUCUUCAAAUCUUGAAUAUGUAUAUCUCUCAUCCAACAAGCUCUCAGGAAAUAUCCCUUGUUUCAAUCCAACAAGCAAUUAUUUGCACUUAAACGACAAUAUGUUGAGUGGAGAAGUUCCUUCUUGUUUAGCCCACCUCUCAGGUUUGACAGUUUUAGAUCUUGGUGAGAAUGAAUUUUCUGGUGAGAUACCUAUGUGGCUUACAGCAAAAAAAGUUCCAUACUUGCAAAUUCUUCGGAUGAGGAGUAAUAAACUCAAAGGAAAUAUUCCUAAGCAAUUGUGCUCACUUAGUCAACUCCAACUCUUGGACUUUGGGCACAAUUACUUGACAGGAACCAUUCCGAACUGUCUUAGCAACCUUACUGGCAUGAUGCAGCCUGUUCAUGAAUCUCGUAUUUAUACAGAACAAGAUGGUGUUAUGGAGGUUAUACAAGGAAUAGAGCGUAGAUACACAACCAACCUUGGGUUAUUGAUAAGCAUUGACCUCUCCUGUAACAACUUCGUGGGAAGCAUUCCUGAUGGCAUCACAAAUCUCCGAUUCUUGCUUAGUCUCAACUUAUCAUAUAAUCAGAUAACAGGUUUGAUCCCAAAUGAUAUAGGUGGGUUAAAGUCCUUAGUCUCACUUGAUUUUUCAAGAAACAAACUUCAUGGAAUAAUUCCAACAAGCAUGGCUGAUUUGUAUGCCUUAGAACACAUCGACUUGUCCUACAAUAACUUUUCAGGUCAAAUUCCAACUGGUCGCCAAUUACAGACCCUUGAUGACCCUUCAAAGUAUGCAGGCAAUCCAUAUCUUUGUGGAGAUCCUUUGCCCAAGAAAUGCAAGAACAAAAACGAUUCAUCAAAAGGUUCAGGAGAUAAAAAUGACACCCAGGGUGAAGGAGACAAGGACAUGCAUGAGAAGAUGUGGUUUUGCCUAAUUGUGAUGUCUGGAUUUGCUACUGGGUUUUGGGGUGUUGUUGGGACUUUAGUAUUAAAAAAGAGUUGGAGGCAUGCUCUUUUUCGGCGUGUUGAAGACGCACAAGACUGGUUGUAUGUCGCAAUUGUUGUUAGGAUGGCUAAGCUCAAGAAAAAAGGGGAUGCUUCAUCUGAUUGA